GUACAUAACAGUUUUAAAAUCUGUUUGAUUACAAUUACAGAAGCUGAGAUUAAUAUAUUUAGGAUAAAAAUGGGGUUGAGUGUCUUUUUCAGGCAACUUUAAGAUCAAGCGACGUGUUUCUUUUUUAACCCCUUGAUGCAUAUUUACUAUAGAGUUGUUAGUGGAUUUAGUUCUUAUGGAAUCCCUACUCGGUCUGAAGUCAGAAUAGUGUUUUAUUUAAGGGGGAAACGCGUUUCCGGUGUUGAUAUGCGCGCAGAUUUGGAGAUUGACACGUUACUGGUGUGUGCGCGUAUGCGACACUCCUCUCUCAGCAUGGAAAACUCACCGUAGCCUGGGGUGGAUUCUGCAUCUACACAAACAUCACCUUUCAAGCUGAAAUUUAGACUUUGGAUUAUGGAUUCCUCCACCAACAGUUUAGAUGAUGUGUCAGCAGACGGCAGCACUGAUUACCCUGACCGGAAUUCCACCAUGGAGGUGCGUCUGCAGGCACAGGAAGAUGAGAUUACGCUGCUGAAAUCGUCGCUGGCCGAUGCCCUGCGGAGAAUCCGUGUCCAUGAUCAGCUGCUCCCGUUACUGAAGCAGCAGCUGAUAGCAGUGAACCCCAGUGCUGCACGGGUACUGAACCAGGUGUCUUACCCAGACGGCUGCACCAGUGGCAGAAAACUUUCAACGAGUUCAAUCAACGAUGGAUUUCACCACGCUGCCGCUGCUGCUAGCCAACAGUCACAGAGCACAGUGAACAAUGCUAACGGCCACAUAGGAGGCGUAGUGUCCGCACAGCAUCAAAACACAGUGGCAUCACUGGAUAAGUCGACUCAGACUGAGCCUGCCAUGUCCUCAGUCUCAAGUCACGUCCGGAGCCUCCAUCUUCAGGAAGCCCUUCCUCCAGGGCAGCCCAUGGUUGAUGGGACUCGAGGCAAGCUCCACCGUAUCCCUGGUAUGGAGGAGGAGGAAGAAGACCAGUUGGAUGAAGAAGUCGGAGGCGACCAAGAAAAAGAAACGAGCUGGGCUUCGUCAGUGGAGGAGCCCAUUCAGCCAAGCACAGUCAGAUGCCUUCAGAGGGAUGAUUUCCAAGAUAGAAGCCUCUCUCCGGAUGAACCAGGCUCUGCCUCAGCCUCACUCGGCUCGGACCCAAACCUCAGCUGCCGAUCUGGACCCCUGUCCUCCAUCCAGGAAGGAGAAAAGAUGCUGGUUCGUAGAAACAGUGAGAAACUGGGGAAUCCUGAGAGGCAGCGGAAACGUCUGGACAAGAAGGCGGCGUCUUCAGCCAACCUCCUGACCCGCUCCCCCAGCCUGGAGAACCGAGCUAAGGAGCUGAUAGCCAGUGCAGGUUUGCCUGGCUCAAGAAGAGGAACUUACAGCCAAGAACAGUCAAUUAAAAUGUUCAUCCGCGGCCGACCCAUAACCAUGUACGUCCCAUCCAACAUCCAGAACUAUGAUAACCUGAAGAUGGAGCUGCCCUCUGAGAGGCUGGAGCUGGACUGGGUCUAUGGCUACCGGGGACGGGACUGUCGGGCUAAUUUAUUCUUCCUUCCGUCAGGCGAAGCGGUUUACUUCAUUGCUUGUGUGAUUGUGCUCUAUCACAUCAACAACCGAACACAGCGCCACUAUCGCAAACACACAGACUCCGUCCGAUGUCUUGCUCUUCAUCCGGACAAGGUUCGAGUGGCAUCUGGUCAGACGGCCGGUGUGGAUAAAGAUGGAAAGCCAAUGCAGGCAUGUGUUCAUAUAUGGGACUCCACUACCCUGGUCACCCUGCAGCAAAUAGGCCUUGGAAACUUCCAGAGGGGAGUGGGAAUGGGAUCUCUGGCAUUCUCUAUUGGUGACUCUGGAGCAUUCCUUUCUGUGAUUGAUGACUCUAAUGAACACAUACUGUCAGUGUGGGACUGCACCAAGGGAACCAAGUAUGCAGAGAUCAAGACUACCAAUGAGGCUGUGUUUGCUGUGGACUUCAACCCCAGUGACAGCACCAACAUCAUCACCUGUGGUAAAUCCCAUGUCUACUUCUGGACACUCACCGCAGGACAAUUCACCAAGAAACAAGGCAUCUUUGGUAAAUACAAGAAGCCCAAGUUCAUCCACUGCUUUGUGUUCAGCCUAACUGGAGAUGUUCUGACUGGAGACUCUGAAGGCAACAUACUGCCAUGGGCCAAGUCGGCUGCUGACACCAAAACUCUUGGUAAAGGGGCCAAAGAGACCUAUCAGAUUGUACGACCAAUCAAAGCACACGAAGGCAGCGUGUUUACCCUGUGCAUGCUGGAGUCUGGUGCUCUGCUCAGUGGAGGGGGAAAGGACCGCAAGAUCAUCCGCUGGAGCGCUGACCUGGCUCCAGAGAGAGAGGUUGAGAUUCCAGAAAAGUUUGGGGCGGUCCGCACCGUUGCAGUGGUGAACGAUGAGGAACUUUUGGUUGGUACAACCCGAAAUGCAAUCCUUAGAGGAUCUUUCUCUAAUGGGUUUGUUGCCAUAGUUCAGGGUCAUUUAGAUGAGAUGUGGGGUCUGGCUACUCACCCCUCUCAGGACCUCUUCCUCUCUUGCAGCCAUGACAGGCAGGUGUGUCUGUGGAACACAGAGGAACACAACCUGGACUGGUGUAUCACCCUUGAGGAGUAUGGUUUGUGUGCUGAUUUCUGCCCCAGUGGAUCUGUCGUGUCUGUUGGACUCAGCACAGGAAGGUGGGUAGUCCUUGACUUGGAAACCAAGGAGGUGAUUUCUGAAUCCAUAGAUGGGAAUGAACAGCUAUCAGUCAUGAGAUAUUCACCAGACGGACGCUUUUUAGCUGUUGGCUCUCAUGACAACUUCAUCUACAUCUACAGUGUGACAGAGAGUGGCCGCCGCUACAGUCGCUUCGGAAGGUGCAAUGGCCACUCCAGCUUCAUAACUCACCUUGACUGGUCCAAAGAUGGCGGCUACAUUGUGUCAAACUCGGGCGACUAUGAGAUCCUCUACUGGGACAUUGCAGGAGGAUGUAAGCUGUUAAGGAACCGCUUUGAGAGCAAAGACAGAGAAUGGGCCUCUUUCACCUGUGUGCUGGGUUUCCAUGUCAUAGGCGUGUGGUUGGAGGGCUCAGACGGCACAGACAUCAACGCCCUGUGCCGCUCCCACAAUGAGAAGAUCGUGGCUGUGGCUGAUGACUUCUGUAAGGUCCACCUCUUCCAGUACCCCUGCCCUAAACCUAAGGCACCAAGUCACAAGUAUGAGGGCCAUGGGAGCCACGUAACCAACGUCUGCUUCACUCACAAUGAUUCCCACUUGCUCUCCAUUGGCGGGAAGGAUACCUGCAUCCUGCAGUGGAAGGUGACCGGUGGUGGGGCGGGAGAAAGCAGGGAGGUGCCGGCCUCCGUCUCGUCCACCUCCACAAGCUCUCCAGAGCCUCCUGCCACCUAGGCCGGGCUGCUGAUAUCACCGCUGAAGGGAGAGGAAGACGUUGGCUCGCAGCCACUGAGGCAUAAACCAGCAAUCAGCUUCACUUAGCCUCCGAGACGCCACUGCUGUCAGUCUCAUGAACACAGAGGAAUUCUCCUCAGGGGAAAUGCCAAUAUUAACACCCCACUAUAACUGUGUAAAUCCAUCUGAAACUGACACGUGGGACAGAUCCGUUUGCAUUCUGUUGUGUAUGUGGCGAGAAAAAUGAGCACGUGCGUAGAGUGGUGCAUAAUGUGACUGUUAUUACCUUAUAGUUUCUGUGAACAUGCCUGUUGUAGUUGUCUUGAGUUUACUUGUUGCAUUAUAACACGCAGUAUGCCAUGGUGUCUAUGAAAAUGUCCUAUAUUUUUGUACUUUAACCAGUGCUGACCAGUGUGGGCUGGUUCUGUGCAUGUAUGAAACAAGAUGGAGAGCAAUGAGCCGUGCUUACCUUACUAAAUCAUCCUUUUCCAUCACCUUAGAUCAGUAUACUUGAAAAUUAUUACUUUUAGGAUUUGUUCUGUGAUUUUUGUAUUGAUCCUUAAUACAAACAAAGAAGUGAAAACUGGAA